AUGUCCCGCUUGGGAGACUACCACAGCCUCAUUACCGUGCAAACCACCGUUCAAAGUAAUAGUCUCAGAUCUGAGCUCCGCGAGAGAUCGUCCGCAGCGCUUAGUGAGACGAGAAACUACGAUGGUUGCAUCUUUGACAAGGUAAAGAUAUACGACUACUACCCUUUGCAGCUGUUAAUAUUGGGCAGAUCAAAUAUUCGCCAGCAUUCGUCGCGCCAAAGCUGCUGGCUCAUCAUCUCCGGGAUUGUGUACGAUGUGACUAAUUUUGUCGAUUCACAUCCCGGGGGAGCAUCACUAAUACUCAAGUACGCUGGAAAAGAUGCGACCCAAGCGUACGAGCCACUACAUGCAUCCGACACACUCGAAAAGCAUUUGUCUGACGACCAGAGGCUCGGGUCGCUGGUUGAAGAUGAUUUCGGCUUACCCUCACACGGUGCUGCGCAAACAACCUUCUCGAAGUCCGUCACCACAGAUAAUGGGGUAGGCGAGAUAUCAACUGCUGUCGCUCGCCAGAGAUGUCCCCGGCUAUCUUCCAUGAUAUCCCUUGCCGACUUUGCGCAAGCGGCAAAAGCAAAGCUUUCUGCGACAUCGUACGCGUUCCUCAGCUCAGGCGCUGAGGACAACGUGUCACUCGACCGCAAUCUCACCUCGUGGCGAGUGGUCCGUCUUCGACCUCGCAUUCUGCGUCCAAUGCCGAAGCCGCCAAAUAUUCAGCGGAGAAUAUUGGGCAACGACUUCUCUGUGCCUUUCGUUAUUUGUCCUGCUGGUGGAGCUAAGCUAUGCCAUCCAGAAGGUGAUACUCUGCUCACUAAGGCAGCUUUUCAGCAAGGCGCUCUUCAAUGGGUGUGCAACAACGCUGGUAGGACUCAGAAAGCGGUUGCUGCGGCCCGAGGUCCCGGGCAGAUACUCUACUGGCAAAUUUAUGCGAUGAAGGAUUUGAAAGUGACUGAGGACGAGAUUCGAAGCGCCAUUGCGCUGGGUUUUAAGGGCUUCGCAUUGACCGUCGAUGCCAUUUGGGCUGGAAAGAGAGAACUGGAUCUAAGAGCAAGACUGGCUGAGGACGAUGAUGAUCACGAAGAUACCCAUGGAGAUGUCCAAGAUCAGAGCUUCAUGAUGGCGCCAAAAGUGAACAGACCUCCGGUCUACACCGAGUUCACCUUCGACACAGCCAUCACGUGGUUGAAAUCUCUGACUGAUCUGCCAAUCGUCAUCAAGGGUGUGCAGACUUGGGAGGACGCGCUUCUCUGCCAUCAGUACGGUGUGCAUCCCUGGUUGAGCAACCAUGGAGGUCGUCAGCUCGAUUCGACUCCUUCUGGACUCGAGACUCUUCUCGAUAUUCACGAGCACUGUCCAGUGGUCUUGAGGGAGUGUCAAGUCCUAGUCGAUGGCGGUGUUACACGCGGUGCUGAUGUUGUCAAAGCUUUGGCCCUCGGCUGCAGAGCUGUCGGUAUAGGCAGAGGUUUUCUGUACUCUAUGGUCUUUGGCCUGCGUGGCAUUGAGAAAGCUAUGGAGAUUCUAAAGCAUGAGAUCGAGACAACCUUGGCUCUGCUUGGUGUGAUGAGUUUGGACGAGCUCGGACCUCAACAUGUAAGUGAUCCUCAACUCUGCAAAACCUUCGGACCAUCCGAAUUAUAA